AUGCCUUUGUACUUUAGCCGCAAGGAAGUUGAUUCAAAGAUCUUGAAGUUUGAGGCAUUGAAAAAGACAAUUCCAGCUGCUCUUGAUUCAGUUUUUUUACUUCAAAUUCGAAGAUAUGCACGUCGCACUUAUCGAUGCAUGAGCGCUUACAAAUUGGAUUUAUCAGUUCGAAAACAUCGUUCUCAUCGAAGAAUUCCUGAAAAUAUUCUUGAAGAUGAUGAAAUUAUUGCAAUGUCACAUGAUAUUCACGUGAAGUGA